AUGCAAUGUCAGAAGCUGGUCUCUGAGAACUCUGGAAGAGUUAUUCAGCCGAAGCAUGUUAUUGUUAAAGCAGAACUCAGAGAAAACUCUCUAUUAAGGGUCCUUGGCUACUUCCAUUGGAGGGACUCCAUUUGCCACUUGUUACGGGAAGUAAAUUUGGGGGCCUGUGUUUGUGUGUUAAGAGAGAAGUACAGGGUGUGGGGUGAGGAAGGCACACAUGUGAUUCUUCCUUGCUACCUGAGUCCCCAGAUGGCGAAGGACAACUUGAGGCACCUGUACAAAGGAUUAGAGGUUCUCUGGGUGCGGCACAGAGGCAGUUCUUCCAUGAAGCGUCAUUUGGUGCUCAAGGUGAAGCCCAGUGGGCUUAAGAGUCUGGCCCAUUCCAUGAUGCGCCGAGCAACUGUCUGGGACGCUGGCUUUCUUAAGGGCAAUUUUUCACUCCAGAUUAAGCCAUUGCUGAAGGAAGAUGCAGGAACCUAUGAGGCACACGUGAGAUAUGGGAACGAGGAAUGGCACUGCCUAGUGGAGCUUGGUCUGAUGUCAGUCACUGCUCACCCUUCUCGUCCUCUAAUUGAGUCGGAAUCUGUCAGGCUGAACUGCAAUUCCACCCACCCAGGAAAUCCCACCAACGUCCUCUGGUUCCACAGAGAUGUCCUUGUUCACAUCUCCUACAGGCUUCAUCCUAUCGGUCAAACCCUGCUUAUCUCGGAAUCAGUCAGUAGUGACACUGGGCCCUGGGUUUGCCAACUCACCUUUGCAGAUGGGGAGAUAAUUGCAGCCAGACACAACCUGCAAGUUAUAGGAUUUACUGAGCAAGCCCCCUCAGUCAUCUAUACAGCAGCUGGAUCUGAUGCUUAUCUGCCCUGUGUCCUGAAUUCCAAUCCCAUGAACUAUGGAAUUUCAAGGGUGGCCAUCCAAUGGAGAUACAUGGCAGGGAGAGAACUGAAGGCCAAACCCACUCCCAGUUAUGAAAACCAUCAAGAUUUCACUCUUCAUCUCCCAGCUGUUGGAUUAAAUGAUGCAGGCCAAUAUCUUUGUGAGAUCACCAUCCAAGGCGUUACUAUAAUUAAGAAUGUCACCCUGGCAGUGAUGACAGUCCUUACCAGCACUGUUGAGCCAAGAAUUCCUGAAGGUUCUCACUUGGUCCUCAUCUGUAACCUCAGCUACUACACAGGAAAAGAGCAUUUUCAGUGGAAGUGGCUGGACUUGGAAUCCAGCAACAGCUCUCAGUCUGCUUCUAGUAGGCCUGUGAAAUGGGGCCCAAUCCAAGAAUUCCACCAGGUGUCAUCAAGGGAUGCAGGUACCUGGGAAUGCAGCGCCCAUGGUCCAGAGGGGAAGCUAGGAUCUGUGCAGUAUCACCUGGAAAUUGCAGCCAGUGCCCAGCUUGCCAGCUUGCCCCCUGUACCAACUGAGAAAAUAUUUGGCCUGUUACUAUUUUUUCUUAUUGUCUUACUCUCCAUCAUAGCCGUGGUCUACCUGAGACGAAGGAUGUAUUCCCUGAACUUACAAGCACUGGAUAGGAUUGUGGAUGCUUUGCCUGGGAAAGGAGAAAAGAAUGGAGGACAGGAGAAGACUCUACAGUUGGAAUACUAA